AUGGCCGCUGUCCACCUCCUCGCUGCCUCCGCCGCCGCCUCGUCCUCCUCCACUGCCUUCCGCCCUCCUCUCCGCCUCCGCUCUCCAGCGCAUCCACCAUAUCUCUGCUUCAACCGAACUGGGAGGCGGCCGUUCCCGGUGGUACGCGCGGCUGAGACCGACGCCAAAGACGCGAAGGCGAACGCCAAGGCCCCUGAGAAGGCGCCCGCGGCGGAUGGCUCCAGCUUCAACCAGCUGCUCGGCAUCAAGGGUGCCAAGCAGGAGAGCGACAUAUGGAAGAUCCGUCUUCAACUUACUAAGCCAGUGACAUGGCCUCCGCUUGUAUGGGGAGUUCUCUGUGGAGCAGCUGCCUCUGGAAAUUUCCACUGGACAGUUGAAGAUGUCGCAAAAUCUAUUGUAUGCAUGAUAAUGUCUGGUCCAUGCCUCACAGGAUACACACAGACACUUAAUGACUGGUAUGAUCGAGACAUUGAUGCAAUUAAUGAGCCUUAUCGCCCUAUUCCAUCGGGUGCUAUAUCAGAAAAUGAGGUAAUAACCCAGAUCUGGGUGCUAUUGCUAGGAGGGCUUGGAUUGGGCGCUUUGCUAGAUGUGUGGGCUGGGCACGAUUUUCCUAUUGUGUUUUAUCUUGCUGUGGGUGGCUCCUUACUUUCUUACAUAUAUUCAGCACCACCUCUCAAGCUCAAGCAGAAUGGAUGGAUUGGGAACUUCGCUCUGGGUGCAAGUUACAUCAGCUUGCCCUGGUGGGCUGGCCAGGCGUUAUUUGGAACUCUUACACCGGAUAUCAUUGUCUUGACUACUUUGUACAGCAUAGCUGGGCUAGGGAUCGCUAUUGUAAAUGAUUUUAAGAGCAUUGAAGGGGAUAGAACUCUGGGGCUUCAGUCACUUCCUGUUGCUUUUGGGAUGGAAACUGCAAAAUGGAUAUGUGUUGGAGCAAUUGAUAUCACUCAACUAUCUGUUGCAGGUUACCUAUUGAGCACUGGUAAGCUGUAUUAUGCCCUGGCGUUGCUUGGGCUAACAAUUCCUCAGGUGUUCUUUCAGUUCCAGUACUUCCUGAAGGACCCUGUGAAGUAUGAUGUCAAAUAUCAGGUGUGCUUCAGCUGCUUCUCCCACUCUUUUACUACUUCCGAUCCAGUCUUUCCCGUUCUGAAGCUCUUAGCUAGUCGGAACCUACAAGUAGGGAACAGCUUGAGGUAA